AUGGCCGCGUCAAACUCCUCCUCUUCCGCCUCUUCUCUUCCCCCUUUCUCCUCGCCCAACAGUGGCCAGUUCUACUAUCACUAUGACCAAUCUACCUCUCUGUCCCAUGUACACAUCCACGACGACGGUCUCUACCACACUCAGCCAAUUGAUCCCCUGCUGCAAGACCCGGACUCUCCAGAUGGCCGCGAGCAAUCAUGGGACGUGACAUACUUUCAACCUCCUCCUACCGACCCUUCCCUCGAUCCCAGUGCCUCCAACAUCUACCAGCAAGCAUGCGGACCAAAUGACUCGCCAUACCCUAUCAGCUUCAUCGAAAGCAGCCCAUCCAUUGGCAGCGAUGGCAACUUUGAGAUGGUGGACCCUCCCACUCCACCAGACGCGCAGGUCAUCUCUCUCGGCAGCCCAUACGACUCUGACGCCUCGGUUGAGCAGCAGGAAAUUAGCUACUAUCCACGCCCGCAGGAUAGCACGUCGUUCUACCCCAUGGGAAUCAUUGGGCUCAACAACUCGUGCACGUUCAGUACCAACUCCUUGACGCUUGUUGGCACGCACGGCGGCGGCCCCAUUGAUGCUGCCGACGUCGGCACCAGACAAUAUCCUCUCCGCACCACGCUGCCCUAUGUGAACUCGGCCAGACGCAUCAAAGAAGAGAGCCAGACCCCAAGCCUUGACGAGAGGUUCUUUUCCAACAGGGUCCCCGCACGGAAGCGUGCUCAAAUCGCACGAUGCCAUACCAAGACCGGUUCGUGCAAGCGGGCCUCUCCCGACCACGAGUCCUCGCCGAGCGGCGACAAGAAGCGCAAGAUCCACACGACCAACAAAAGGUUCUGCCACAAGUGCAAGAAGAACUUCCCGAGCCGAACGUCCCUCGACGAGCACACAGGCUCGGAGCACCCUCGCCCCUAUAUCUGCGUCUUCCAUUACGCCGGCUGCAACGCCAGAUUCGACGCAAAGAACGAGUGGAAGCGCCAUGUUAGCACCAAGCAUCUGGGCUUGAAGUACUGGCGAUACGCAGGACUGCCAUCGUACGGCAAUAUCUUCAACCGCAAGGAUCUCUACACCCAGCACAUUCGGCGGAUGCACGCCUCAGUCAUUGGCCAGGGCUCUACAGACUACAGGGGCGCAGAUGCAAGAUCUGACCUCAUGGUCAAGAAGAUGCAGGAGGAUGCCCUGCGCAUCAGAUGCAGACUCCCAACCUGGAUGCCUUGCCCCGUGCAGGCGUGCGACAAGUCCUUCACCGGCGCCACCGCUUGGGACGAGCGGAUGGAGCACGUGGCCCAGCAGCACUUUGACAAUGCAGCUGCCGGCCGGGAGCCUCCUGUCGAGUUUGGGGGUGCUCAUGACACCGUCCUGACUGAGUGGGCACAGCGCGCUGACAUUCGUAUUGUCAAGAGGACCGAGGUGGGUUGGGAGCUCUGUGAACCCCUGAAGGGAGAGGCAGAGUACAGAAUGGCCACCCCAGAUGUUGAAGAGUGA